CCUCGAGCCGUGCCACACACACGGCGCGAUCAGCCCCAACUGUCGCAACGAAAAGACUCGUCUAAGAAUGGCAUGAGGUCGCGUCUACAAUUGGGCAGCCGGAGCCGCAGCUGCCCUCCUAGGCCUGCCCCCUAGCGGCCGCUUCUAGCAGGCCUUGCGCCUUUCCUUCCUCGCCCAAGCAAGCCGCGCGCAGGGAGAUGGGCGUCUGGAGGACUCUGCUGCGGCUCUCGGCGGCCACCCUUGCUCUGCAGCCUGCUGAGCCGCUGGCUGGCUGGCUGGCCUGCCUGUGAGCCGGCAGCCUGCCGCAGCGGGCACGGGGAGGCGAUGAAGUUCCCGGGCUCCGUCCUCGUCUCGGUGUUCCUCUUCGUGGCCGAGACGGUGACCGCCUUGUACCUGGGCAGCAUACCGCUCGGCGGGGGACCGCAUCUGGCAGUCGCUGACGCUGCUCUUCGCCCUGCUGCCCUGCGUCCUGGUCCAGUUCAGCCUCGUCUUCAUCCACCGCGACCUCAGCCGAGACAGGCCGCUCGUGCUGCUGCUCCACAUCCUGCAGCUCGGACCCAUUGUCAGUUUCUGUGGCUGGGAUUAAACGUCUUUCUUUUCGUAUUCUACUACUUCCAUUAUGACCAUGGAAUUCAGUUUUACUACACGAGAGAGCUUCUUGGGCCUUACCUGGCGUUGGCCCGGGCACCUGCAGCAUGUCUGAAUUUCAACUGCCUGCUCAUUCUCCUUCCAGUCUGUCGAAAUCUGCUUUCCUUCCUUAGAGGCUCUAGUGCGUGUUGUUCGGUGCGUGUCAGAAGACAGUUGGACAGGAACCUCACAUUUCACAAACUGGUGGCCUGGAUGAUUGCACUCCAUACUGCAAUCCACACAAUUGCACAUUUAUUUAAUGUGGAAAGGUUGGUGGAUGCGCGAAAUUCAACAAGCAGAAACCUUCAGACUGCACUGUCUGAUCUGGGAGAUGUCAAAAAUGAAUCCUAUCUGAAUUUUGUCCGAAAAAACCUUAAGAACCCUGAAGGUGGCCUCUAUGUAGCAUUCAGUACCUUGGCAGGUCUCACUGGUGUUGUCAUUACACUGUGUUUAAUACUGAUAAUCACUUCAUCUACUAAAACCAUUCGAAGGUCAUAUUUUGAAGUAUUUUGGUUCACCCACCAUCUGUUUGUUAUCUUUUUUGCUGGUCUUGUUUUCCAUGGAUUUGGACAAAUUGUACGUGGACAGACAAGAGCUAGUUUGAAGGUGCAUGAUCCAGAAGACUGUUUUGGAAAUUGGACUGAGUGGGGGAAAAGUCCUAUGUGUCCUAUACCACAAUUUGCUGGAAAUCCUCCAAUGACAUGGAAAUGGGUAGUGGGUCCUAUUAUUCUGUAUGUUUUUGAGAGGCUGGUGCGGUUUUGGCGAUCACAACAAAAGGUCGUUAUCACAAAGGUUGUCACUCACCCGUUCCAAACCUAUGAGCUCCAGAUGAAGAAGAAGGGCUUUAAGAUGGAAGUUGGGCAGUACAUUUUUGUCCAUUGUCCUGCUGUGUCUAUGUUGGAAUGGCACCCUUUCACAUUGACUUCUGCCCCUGAAGAGGAUUUCUUCAGCAUUCACAUACGUAUUGUAGGGGACUGGACAGAAGGCUUGGCAAAUGCAUGUGGAUGCAACACUCAAGGAUUCCAGGAAGCAUGGAAACUGCCAAAGAUAGCUGUUGAUGGCCCCUUUGGUACUGCUAGUGAAGAUGUAUUCAGUUACGAUACUGUGAUGUUGGUUGGAGCUGGGAUUGGAGUCACCCCAUUUGCAUCGGUCCUCAAGUCUGUGUGGUACAAGUACUGUAAUGAUGCCAUUAAUCUAAAACUCAAAAAGAUCUAUUUUUACUGGCUCUGCAGAGACACUCAUGCCUUUGAAUGGUUUGCUGACCUCUUGCAGUUAUUGGAGACUGAAAUGCAGAAAAGAAACAAUACAGAAUUUCUUAGCUACAAUAUCUACCUUACUGGCUGGGAUGAAUCUCAAGCUACUCAUAUUGCGAUGCGUCAUGAUGAAGAGAAAGAUGUGAUCACAGGCUUGAAACAAAAAACUUCCUAUGGGAGACCAAACUGGGACAAUGAGUUCAAAACAAUUGCAAAUCAGCAUCCAAGUUCCAGGAUUGGUGUUUUCCUGUGUGGACCUGAAGCUUUGGCUGACACCUUAAAUACCAUGAGUAUUAGGAAUUCAGAGGCUGACCCGCGAGGAGUUCACUUCAUAUUCAACAAGGAAAACUUUUGAACCUGCCCUGUCCCCAAAGAGAAAAGCUUUCCCCUCACACUUUUUCAUCUGGAGUUUGGGCACUAAGGAUAUUAGUUUUGCUACAGUAAAUUCCUUUCUCACUGGAAUAUUGCCCGAGUGGAACUGAAAGGUUUUAGAUCUGCCUGCACUGGCUUCUGCAUUCUGUAUGCUUUUGCAUAAAAUCAUUUUAUGUGUAUCUGAA